AUGACACACAGCUAUCAGCAAGGUUACGAUGACAGACGUUUUGAAGGUCGAGUCAGAGAAGAUCUUUUCUGCUCUAUUUGUCAAGGGGUGCUCAGAAAUCCACGAACUUGCCAGAAUAAAGAACAUCCAUUUUGCCUUUCUUGUAUAUCUCAACAUCUUCGUAAUUCCCACACAUGUCCUGAAUGCAGAGAACACCUGACUCCAGAAACACUCAAAGAUCCACCGAGAUUUUUGAAGAAUAUUCUAUCAGAGCUGAACAUCAAGUGUGAUUACACUGAGCGAGGCUGCCCGGGCUACGUCCAGCUUGGAAAUUUACAGAAUCAUGUUGAGCGAUGUGGCUUCGCGCCUGUUAUGUGUGGAAAUGAAGGAUGUGGGACGGUGGUCAAUAAAAGAGAUAAAGAAAUCCACGAGAGAGAACUCUGCCAGUUUAGAAUCCCCAAAUGCCACGACUGCAGAGAUAUUAAAGCAAGUCAAGAUGAAAUGAAAGCAAGUCAAGAUGCAAUAAAGGUAAAAACAUUUUGUCCACGUUUAGGUUUGCAUGGCAACAUAUUGUAAUCGUAGAACUAUACAGUUGAGAAUAUCUUUACACUAACAUUAAAUAAGAUGUAUAAAGACUUCAAAAGAGAGCAGCAUGAAUAAUACCAGGGAUAACUGGUAAAACACAAUCAGUAUAACUGUUGCAACUACGAGUAGCUGCAUAUUCUACCGUAAAAAACUCUAUUUUUCGAGCACUAAAAAAUACGGCACUGCUCCAGAAAUAUGUGAUAUGUUUGCAAAGAUAAAUCAAGUGACAAAUAUUCAGAGAGUUAAUAGCAACUACAACUGACAUACAUCUUCCAAGACUUAUAACUGAGAAAACUAAAUGAAAAACAACGUAUAUAGUGGACCAGUACUUUUUAACUCACUACCAAAUCACUUUAAUUUAAAAAAAAUAGUAAAAAAUUAACCAUACAUUGUUUCCGGUGAUUUUUCGGUGAAAAAAAUAUUUCUUAGGAGAUGACGGAGAUAAAUGAUGAGGUUGACCACCUCAAAAUAUAUCACUCGGUGUUAUUAUGUAAUGCCGUAUAAUCAAUAGUUUUGAUUUUUUAUGUAAGUGAAUAAGUAACUAACUAGAACAAUUUUAGUGUGUUGAGGACCGUCAAUGAUAUCUUAACCAAACAUGUUUGGUGAAGAUGUUAUCCUCUUUUUAAAUAAUAACAAUUGUAAUUCAGGAAAAUGUUGAUGAAAUGAAAGCUAGUCAAGUUAGAAUGGAAAGAAAACAAGAUGAAAUUAAGGUUAGACAAGUUUUUGUUCUUUGUAUGUGUGCAAUGCAAUCAAUUUUGAAAAGUUUGUGAAAAUCUACAGUUUGUGAAAAUGCAUAGUGGCAAGUCAGUGAAGUUUAUAUUUUACAAUUCAGGAACAUGUUGACGAGAUAAAGGUGGAAGUGAGCACAACAAAAGUGGAAAUAGAAAGAAAGCAGGAUGAAAUCAAUGACAAAGUAAAUCAAAUGAAGGUAAGACAAGAUUAUGUUUAGUUUUGUGUAAGUUUCCAGUGCGAUAGAAAUGCCACUAUUUCAUUUGCAAAACUCUUUUUCCUAAGCGUGAGUGUUUAUCAAUCAAAAUAUUGUUUAACGCAAACUUCUGAGGAAUCAGCCCAACAUAUUGAAUACUUUGCCAAGUAAAUAAACUAUUUAUGCCGCCCAGCUUCUCAAAAUGUACACUGUGUUAUCGCUGAUAUAUUUUAAUGUAACAACAUAGUCAGAGAAAUUUUUAAUUUUACAAUCCAGGCGAAUGUUGACGAGAUAAAGCAAACUCAAGCAGAAAUGAAAGCAGAUCAAGUGAUGUUCAAAGCUGAGGUAAGCCAGCAGUUUCAAAGAAUGACAGAGAUGUUAAAUCAGUUGUUGCAAGGAAAAAAUGUAAACAACAAUGGUGCUCAAGCUAUUGGUCCAGCAGCUCCAACCAACAACCAAGAUAUUAUUAUUCUUGGCGGUCGGUGUGACUCAGGAGAUGGAAAUAUAUUAAAUACAGUUGAGAAAUUCAACAUAGCAGAAGGAACGUCAACUCAGCUGCCACCGAUGAAUCUCGCUCGAGCAGAAUCAGCAUCAUGUGUUUACAACGGUGACGUCAUCGUUGCCGGAGGUCACAAUGGUAAAACUGGUACUGACUUGAUCGAGAUUUUAAAGAUGAACCAGCAUCCUUUGCGAUGGACGAUAUUUGAUGGUAAACUGCCCGUCAAGUUAUCUGGCUAUGAUGUCACAGUUUACCAAAAUAGAUUCUACAUCAUAGGAGGACAUAACUGGAAUGAAAAGAAAACAUCCGAUGCAAUUUAUGAACUAUCCCUUGCCCCGCCUUAUACUGUCAAGCUUCUCGCAAGAAUGUCUCAGCCAACGAGAAACCAUGGAGCGGAGAUUGUUAAUGGGAAGCUAUUUAUCUUGGGAGGAUCGACAACAGGCCUUAGUAAAGAUACCACAGACAGUGUUGUUGUGUAUGAUUUCAUCAAGAACACGAUUAAGCCAUGUCCAUCGUUACCAAAGCCUGUCGUAGGAAUGUCCACAGUUACUUGGGGCAAUAUGAUCAUUGUUGUCGGCGGGAUGGGUAAGAAUGGCCAGGUUUUAAAUGACAUCAUCAUGUAUCACAUUGAGACUGGGCGAUGUGAAAGAUUACCUUCACUGAAACACAAGAGGCGUGGUGCCUCAGCUGUCAUCAUGCAUGACGUCAUUGUUGUAUUGGGAGGACAGAAUAAGGAAGAGGGACAUCUCAACUCAGUGGAAAGUUUCACAAUGGGAGAUGAUCAGUGGAAAGAACUGCCAGGAAUGAAAGAAAAAAGAUCUUUCGCAAGUGAAACCUCGCAACUGAAAAGUUUUCUAUAA